CUGAGACAUGUGUUGAAAGACGGCAGAGAGAGAGAGAGAGACAGCGCGCUUUAGAGGAAGGACGGCUCGUCUUUGUAUUGGAAAGAGAGACAAUGUCAUUUCACACUUGUGAGAGCGACGCUUUAUGAGGUGCAGCGAGUUGUUCUGGCUCUCGUUGACAGAAGCGACGUUUAAAGGACCACAGCAUCAACUUUGCGGGUGAUGCGACGCGCGCUCGCGCGGCUCCGGGAUUCGGCAGCGCGUUUGCAACCAAGGUAACUUUCACACGGCAGCAAGAUACGGAACAGAGUCUAGGCUACUUUUUAGACUGGUGGAAGAUCGCUUUGAAAGGGAGACACGCGGAUAUCCCGCUCACGGGGCCGUGCGUUCCCGCACAUGAGUGGAGUACCAAAACUGAUCUACAGGAGCGAGCAUGGACAUAUAACUGAAUGGAUGUCAACUAUCUGGUCACUGUUUACAAAGUGCGAGUAAAGUUUGCAAAAGCCACUAUCGGGAAGAAUGGAUGUGACAAGCAAGCGGUAUUAUAUUUGGCGCACGAAAAGUGUCACGCGCGACUCUAAACGCGUGUGAGGAAACGCUCCGUUUUGAAUGAAAGACAUGGAAACACUGCGUUAUUUGUCAAUUUCACUCUUGCACAGCUGUGGAGGUAGAGAUGCUGGGAUCGUCCCUGAAAAGUUCAUUCGCUGAGCUUUGACUUUACUUUUGUCGUCUUGGUAAUGCUUGUGAACGAGACUCACCCACACAUGAUCAUCAAAUAAAGAACAGACAGAUUUCUCUUAACUUAUCGAUACAUUGACUGAGUCUUUUCUCACCGUUUGCAUUGACAUUAUGGACAAGAACAGUAUUGCAUAUCAGAUGGAGUUGACACUUUCGAUGGUCGUCCUCCUGUUUUGGGUCACCGUGUGUGCGGAUGACAGUAAGAUCAUUUCAGACCGGUAUGCGGUAUACUGGAACAGCACGAAUCCCAGAUUCAUGCACGGAGAAUACACGGUGGAGGUGGCCAUCAACGACUACCUGGACAUCUACUGUCCGCACUACGAGGACCCCCUUCCUCAGGAGCGCAUGGAACGCUACAUCCUUUUCAUGGUCAACUACGACGGCUACACCACCUGCAACCACCACAUGAAAGGCUUCAAGCGCUGGGAAUGCAAUCGGCCGACGAGUCCGAACGGGCCUCUUAAGUUCUCUGAGAAGUUCCAGCUGUUUACGCCCUUCUCCUUGGGCUUCGAGUUCCGCCCAGGCCAUGAGUACUACUACAUCUCCUCACCGCACCCUAACCUUGCUGGAAAGCCAUGUUUGAAGUUGAAAGUGUACGUCAAGCCUACGAAUGACUCUCUGUACGAGUCUCCAGAGCCGUUCCUGACAGAUGACUCCAGCGGUGGUGGUUGCGCAUUAACGCCCAGCCUGUGGCUCAUCCUUCCUUUGCUUCUGCUCCUGUGUCCCUCAUAGCAUUAUAAUCCUCUGCCUCUGACCACGCCCAUCCACCGUGCCCUGCCCCAUAUUACAUCACCCGUCCCAUCAGUUCUGGAGUACGGCCUAAAGACAUUGCUCCUUACCUGCUCCUUGGACUGACGGAUUUCUCCCCAUCGCGAAACCCUGCAGAAUGUCUGCCAAUAUUGUCGAUGCCUACAUUUGGGGCAGUUUACAGACAAAGACAGGGAGAUGUGAAGUGUCUAGCAUUUGUAACAUCUGUGUGUCAGGAUUAAGCCGACUGCCAUCUGAAUCACUCUGUUUCUCUGUGUUAUCAUACCUGAGCCAACGCUUUCAUCAGAGCUCAAGAUUUCCUAUUGUGAGAAUGUGUGAGCAUCUCGAUGUGUGUUUGUGCUUGUGUGCGAGGAUGCUGAUGUUCGCCUAUAAACAUUAUGUACAGAGCGGUCAAUCACAUGCUAAAUUACUAGAAAACUUGUUCCAUUACUCAUUUAAAGAGAAAGUUAUAUCUGUGAAUCUGCCAAAGACACUAAAUACUUUUUUAAUGGGGGGAAAUACUAGCUUUGGUAUACGAUCACAUGCUACCAUGGAACAUCCUUGGCUUUUGGAAUCAUGGGCAGGGGAGGUGAUGUGACAACAAUUUUCUAUUAUCUUUUUGUCAUACAAAAAAACAAGAAUGUUGAGUAGAUAAAAAACAGUAGAUAAAAAUGGCCUUUUUUUCACUGGUGCUUAUUCUGAAAUGAGUUUGGUUGUCUUGAAGUGCAAAAAUGUGAUCAGUAUUUUUGUUUAUUUUCCAGUAUAAUGCUGAUCGAUUUACUUUAAAAGCAAAAUCGUGUGAAAUAGUACAAUUUGUUUUAGGACAUAUUUAUUAAAUUACGUUUUCUUAGUCCUUUCGCUAUUUUUUUGUUUAAAAUAAAUUGGGCAAAAUGGGUUUAUGCUCAAACUUUAAAAUAAAUGAUAGUUCAAUAUAAAAUAUGAUUUUAUGCUUCUAGAGUAAAUUUAUCUAAAAUAUGACAGUACUUUGGAAGACAAGACAAAAAUACUGAUAAAAAAGGGUUUUCGCAGUGUAUACAGUGCCAAGUGGAAGAGGGAUGUUUGUCAAUGAAAUGUCUCGUGUUUCGGCUUUCUAACCUUAGUCCAGACCUGUGUUGCUCUCUUGUACUCUUUGUAUCCGCCUCUAUCUCUCUCUCUCUCUCUCUCUGUCAUAUUUGAAUGUGGUCUUUUCUACAGUAUGUGCUGCCCCGUCACGCAUAGAUCUCCCACACUUGCACUCGCUCCCUUUAUCUGUGCUGAGAAGGACCGCUGAAGGAUAGGCCUCGGGACCCUGAGCGCCCGCUCGCUGUGACAUCACAGGCUUUGGCGUACAGACUGGUGGGCCGAGGCCUUACGCUGCAAACAGAUCUCUACAUAACAACAAGACUCCAAAUGAUGGAUUGAAAAUCCACAUAGCACUUCUGCUUUUGUGACAAUUUCAUUAAAAUGACGAGAAUAGGGGAAACUAUACAGAUGUGGGAAUGUUUGUGCAUUGGAAUUGUUUUGUGACUGUGCAAGAAUUUAUGUCAUGAAGAUUUCAAGGCAAGUUGGCAUGGAUCGCCUAUGAGAACAAUACUCGAAUGACGUUUUUUUCAAAAUGUUUGUUGGAAUUUUUAUAUUUUGCUUAAUCCCGUGUUAUUUUUCAACGUUACUUUUCAAAAGAGCAUCAGAAAUUAUUCAUAUGUGAAAUGAAACUAUAAUGUAGACCUUUGAAUUAUUAGAGCAACGAUGGUACCAGUUCUGCAGUUAAACGAGUCUAGACGAGUCAGAUGUCGCUGUUGUUGUUGUUGUUGUUGUUUCCUGCUUGUAUCACGAUGCAUUCUGGUACAUGUAGUCCUAAAAUAUUUUGUGUUACUAUGAAAUUAUUUUUAUUUGUUAAUCAUGCGAAUAAAACAUAUUUUGAGUUCCUAUAAAAUGUUCAGAUGCUCUGGCAAAGGAGAACUGCGAAAAAAGGAAAAUUAAAUAAAGUUUUUUGUUUACA